UCUCUUUCGCUGGCGCUCCUCGUGAGACAACAAACAAGCCGCUUCGAUAUCAAUGCAAUACGAAAGAACCAGAGCCGGGAGUGUGAUCCUCUACUGCAACAACAUACCUACAGUCUUGAGAAGAUUUGAAAUUAUGUGAUCAAGAAGACCCGAUUCAAGUGGAGCAGUAGGGCAGAAUAAUUUCGCCAGUUACUGUACCAGUGCUUCUGUCGUCAAGAUCCUGUGCGCAUAUUGGAGAUGAUGAAAGGACAACAAAACCGUUAUCCCGCACCAACACACCUAAACUUUUCUGGAUGCAUGUACAAUUUUUGAAACUUCACAGUUGGAUUAGUUUGAGAAUUGGAUCGUGUGUAUUUUGAAGAGGCACGUGCGGGAUGAAGUCAGCGGGGGUUGGUGACGGAAGUCUCUUCACUGAGAGCUACUGCAACAUCUGCAAUGCCCAGCUAAUCUCUGAGUCCCAGCGUGUCGCCCACUACGAGAGCAAGAAGCAUGCCAAUAAAGUGCGUCUGUUCUACAUGCUACACCCCGAGGAUGGGGGCCCGCCCUCCAAGAGACUGAGGCCUGACAACCCGGACAGCGAUGAGACCGAAGUGGACCGGAACAAGUGCUGUACCCUGUGCAACAUGUUCUUCACCUCCGCCAUUGUGGCUCAGUCACACUACCAGGGCAAGACUCACGCCAAGAGGAUCCGACUGGUCCUGGGGGAGCCGCCAAGCAUUCCCCCUCUAACAGAGUCCGCCCCCAGCAUGCCCCAGUCGGUGGACCCGCCCCCGCCGCUCCCCCCGUCGUGGCUGCCGGCCAAUAACGGGGAGGCGGGGAAGUUCUGCUGUCUGUGCGGCGCCUGGUUCAACAAUCCCCUGAUGGCUCAGCAACACUACGAGGGAAAGAAGCACAAGAGGAAUGCAGCGCGGGCACGGCUUCUGGAGCAGCUGGCAGGCAGCCUGGAUGCCACGGAGACCACAGGCCUGCGCAGUAGCUACUCCUGCAGUGUGUGCAGUGUGAUUCUCAACUCAAUUGAGCAGUACCAUGCCCACCUCCAGGGAUCCAAGCAUCAAAACAAUUUAAAGCAGCACCAGAAGUGAUGGGCGACCAGAGAAACCGAGCGGAACGGCAGAGGUAUUCGUGACCCGCAUGACCCAGAGAACGUGCCGUCCCGCGCUUCCCGGGAACAGGCAGCCUUUGCCUUCACCGAGGGUUUGACAACUGUGCUGAAAACCAACGAAAGAAAGACAACAGAACUGCCCGGGAAGGCCAUUGAGCUGUUGGAAAACAGCCACUCUCCUGCCUCCUGUGACCGUGAUCUUUACAGGAUGGCAACAAAUGGUGAAAACAAGAAAUGAUGGUGUGAAAGAAUAACACGUUGCUGAAGAACCCUUGAGGGUUUACAGCCACACCUGGGUCUGGGGGGAGGGGCAGUUCAUGGACUCUGCUGUUCCCACUCAUGCCCCACCUCCGUCCCCCAAAAAAAGAUAACAUGAUAUAAAACAUUCCGAUUUCCAGUUGGAAAACGCGAAUAGUACUGCAGCUGACUGUGGUUAGAACAUGUAUCAUGGCAUUACAUCAAGGUUUUUGUCUGCCUGUCCCUAAAAUAUCUUUUUUGGAGCUGCACCUGCAGUUGUGGAUUGAAAAUGUGCCUCCCUUUUCCUCUGACGCUUGCCGUCUGUAUGGCCAAUUAUGGGUUUUGGCUUGCACCUGGGAGAGGGGUCAGCUUUGACUGGAAACUUUGUGAGGCUCUUUACCAUCUCAAAACACCCACCCUUCGGAGGUCCCUAGCUGUUCAGGCACUUUAAUGUUAUGCUGGUCCUUUUAAUGGGCUUGUUCCUUGUGAUUGCUCUGAGACCACGCCAUCUCUCCCUUCAGAAAUCACGUGACCCUGUUGUGAUGCAGUCAUCUGGAAAAGAAAAAGGUUGAACAUUAUGCCAUUAUUAAAAUAACAAUAGUGGUACUUUUAAUGCAUUGUCAAAAAUGUGUACUUGUAUCCAGCCUUGUGCACGGAUUCCUAAUUCUAGCAGAAAAAAAAACACUGAAGUUUUAUGUGUACUGAGUUUGACUUCAUUUUAUUUAGGUUUUUGGACAUGAGAGACAAUGUUAUGAGACCAUAUUGCUGUAUGUUAUUUAUUCAUUUUAGUCUGGUGCCAUGUGACUGUUUUCUUCAGCUUUUAGGGAGGGCAUGGUUCAUGAAAAUUGUCUUGAGAUCCUCAAGUCAAGGUUUAUAACCUUCAUCUACUGUAGGUAGUAAUAAUUUAAUAAUGAACAUUACACAGUCAAAAGAGUGCCAGCUGGGGCCUGCUGCCCUUUUUUGGGGCUUUCUGGAGUGGAAGCAUGAGACUGCGGUCUCUGUCAUGUGAUCAUGUGAUGUAUUCAAAAAAUAUGUUUCCAUUACCCUUUAUUGCAUUACAUUACAUUACUGGCAUUUGGCAGACGCUCUUAUCCAGAUCAAUGUACACCAAAGUGCAAAGUGCAUACCCAUAACCAGGGAUAAGUGAGCUGAUAUUGCAUCUUCUGUUUAUCGACACGCCAACUUCUCCACCUCAGCCAUUUUGUUAUAUUUCAGAAAUUGCUCAUUCAAAAUUCAAAUAAACCCCACUUUUCUCACUUUAUCCACCCCCACCACCACUACUGCUGCCUCCCUCACUGGAAAACUGCUUGAUGACUUGUGCAACGAUGUGAGAAUCCUGCUUCUUGUAUGAAAAAACAUGGAACCUUCAACAUUACUGUAAUCCCCCCCCCAUAUGAAUUGUGUGUACCAUACAGGCUUUCUACUACAGUACGGUCUGCAUCGCUGUGACAUUAUGAGAAUGCUGUGUGUGUUGUCAGAAGGAUUGCAGAUUACAGACAGAUCAUCUGCCAUUUUCACAAUUAGUUUUUUCACUGUAAAGGUAUAACCACUUUGACAGCACAGCAGGGUGUGUGCUUGAAGCAGUCUGGUACCUAGCUGUCUGUAUCAUUAUUUACCCUCUCAAUUCUGCCAACAAGAAAACCCUUAAAGAAACCUUUAAUAGCCUUCCCACUUUUACUACAGAUGGAAGGUUGGCUGGCAUUGUGGCAUCAGCAAUGUAGCCUGUAAAAUUUUGCCUGAGCACAUGAUGUAGUCAACGAUAAGUGAUGCGAACACCUCUUACAAUGCUUCGUGAAGCGGUCCUGCAUGUUUCUCACUGUGCUACAUUGUCAUUUUCAUGUCACAUUUUAUAACAAUCUCGAAAGUAUACAGUCAGUUGUCAGUUGUUUGCGAUAAAUAAUUUAGCUUCAGCUUCCCACCUGCGUAAGGCUCAGUAAGGUUUAGUUUUUGAUUUUACUGAGAGUGUCAUGAGGAUUUUCUUAUCCCUGUCAGUUUAUUGACAUGAAGAUCAUGGAAUUGGGCCAUUGAGUUUUUAAUGAUGUUACUGUCACUAACAGAAAUUUACAUUUCUGCUUGGAUUCCCUUCAGUGUACACUUUUGUGCAUCCCUUGACAAUAUCUGCAUUUACUGUAUUUCAUAUUGAGUGUCUUGACAAACCUUUAUGCAUUUGCCCAAAUAUCUUAAUUUUAUAUUUAAUGAAUGCAUUUUCUGGCACUAAAACCAAAAUUAAUCUGUUCAGUUUUUUCAAAUUCAGCUAUUUCUGGGAAGCUACUGUAUAUGGUUCAUGCAAACACAAUAUUAACAAUGGGAACUAGUUAAAUUGACAUACUGUACUUUCGAUUGUCAUUCCCUCUGUGGGAUUGAUUUUGUGUUUUAUAGUCACUGUACUGAAGGCCAGUGUCUUUUUCAUUUAUAACCUGCACUUGAAUCACUUGCGUUCAGAUUACUUUGCCCGAUCGAAAAAGCCCUUAAGCUGUUCCAUAGACGAAGGGAGGCCUGUUUGUGUCUCAGACCAUUCAUAAUUAAACAUCUUUGCAGUUAGGUCUUCUGUCUGAGAGAUAAAAACACACUGUUGUGGAAGUAUAUUGAUGUCCCCAAACCCUUGUCUUGCCUCUGGGAAGUGUAUUAUGAAUCAAUCAAGGGAUGAAAGAUGGAUGGCAGCAAGGAGGUAGAGAAGAGAGAGGGAUGGAGGAGAGAGCAAUCUUUCCUCAAGCAGCUCGAUAGACCCCUACUUUCUAGAGACUGGAGUUGCGGUCUCCUAGAUGUUCAUAUGCCACAGCUCAUUGAAAAUAGCCUUGAUUAUUGCACUGCAUGUCCACGGCAGAUGAUGUUUCUCUUGCGAUUUUUUGUGCCUGGUUUCCAUGGGUCCAAUGUAGAUACACACUGAUUGGGUAGCAGCAGCUGCAAUUGGUGGAAGUAAUCAGGGCACAGUGGGGUUUUGGAGCAUGUACGGCACACAGCAGACCCUACAUAAAUUGUUCAUGUGUGGAAGGCACAUGUGACUACAGGUCUACAGUUUGCCAAAUGUAUGGAGGUCUGGAGCAGCAGGAGAGGAGUUAUGGGCUUGGUAGAGUGGACAACCCUGCUUAAACAAACAGCUCAAUCUAGGUUUUGAAAUGGCUGGUAGCUGGUUGACCAGUUCAGAUCAGUUCUCAUCUUGACAUGGUUUAGCUGGUUGAAACAGCUGGUAGCUGGUUGAUCAGCUUGGCCAUGUUGGUUGACCAGCUCAUACCCAGCCACACCAGCUUAUGACCAGUUUAACCAGCUCCAUUCUCAAGCUGGCGUAGCUGGAUUUUACAGUAGAGAAAUGUUCUGAUCUCCGAGAUCCAAUGUUGUUUGGGGCCAUUUCAUGUUCUUUAUAAAGGUGUACUUGAAAGUUUA